CACCAUGUCCGACGACGGCGACUUUUCCGACGACGACCUGGAUGCGCUGCCUGCGAAUGCCAUUGCGCAGUACGAGGCCGCCGCCGUGCAGGCCACGCAGCGCCCGCCCGCGCCGGACUCGGACUCGGACUACGGGUUAGACGACGGCGAGGAGGUCAUCAACCUCGAUGCGCUGGAUGCUGCCUUGUACGGCACCUAUGCGGGCACCGCCCAUGACACCUUCGACGAGGGCACCACCCACGCCACCUUCGACGAGGGCACCACCAUAGACGAGGGCACUGUGCCUGGCGGCAGCCACCGCUAUGCCCCGCCGCCCUCGUUCGCGCCGUCGCAGGCCGACCCCGACGCGCUGCUCCUGCGCAUCAAGAAGCUCGAGCAGGACAAGGCCCGCGAGAGGCGCGACGCUGCCGACCUGCACGACCGCCUGCAGACCAAGGCCGGCGAGGCCGACACGCUCCGCCGCCGCCACGACGCCGAGCUGCGCAGGCACGCACGCGUGCUGGCCGACCAGCAGCAGCACCACGGCGAUGAGCUCGCGAAGCUGCGCGCCGAGAUCGACCGCCUGCGCCGCGAGAAGGACCAGGCCUCGACGAACCACGCCUUCCACCAGCACGAUGUGCGCGACGCUGCCAUGGCCCCGCGCACCCGCAAGCCCAUGGCCGCCCGGCCUAGGGACGCCCGCGUCGUGAGUCCAGCAGACACACCGGGGCGCCGCGCCCGAGGCCCGCUGGCCGACGGCUUCGACGACGCCGAUGUGGUCAUGGCCUCGCCCUCGCGGACCCGCGACAGGCCGCGCACUGCCACCCCGAGCCUGGCCGGGAAGCGCAAGAGGAACGUCGCCGACGCGAGUCCCAUCCCGCUGCAGCUCAGCGCGCCACCCUCGCAGCGCGCCGAGAAGGAGGUCGAGGUCGUUGGAGACGCCCACAUUGACGCAGCACUCCUCGACUACUUCCGCAACGACGACGGCCGCUUCCGUCUGCUGCACCGCCUGCUGGCCCACACCGCGCCCGACGGCACAGACCGCGUGCUGGAGGCCCUCGCCCAGCACGCCUUCCCGUCCGAGCCCUCGAAGCGGCUGUCGUCCAUCUUCUACGACGUCUUGGCCGCGAAGCCGUUCGCGGACGUCCACGCGCUGGCAUUGGACAUCUGCUACACCCUCUGCGAUCUGUGGGCGCGAUGUCUUGCUGAGAGGCACUACGCGCCGGUGAACUUAUUACUCGACGCUCUCCAUUUCGUGCUGUCGUGCGAGCGCUGCGAGACGGCCUGCAAGAUCAAGGGCCGCUUCGUCCCGCUCAUGAUCGACUCGAUUGACCUCGUUGCGAAUCCCCUCUCCAAGGCCGCCAAGGUGGGCUCCGACGCCAUUGCCGCCUUGUACGCCUCAGGCCACCGACAAGUCACAGCGCAGAUCGACGUCCUGGACUGUCUGGAGGUGCUGCACCUCAUCGCCACCAGCUGCGUGGGCAUCGAGGGCAACGAGUGCGCCGAGCUCUGGCAGUCCAUCCCCUCCGACUUCGCCCUCAUGCUGCUCAACAAAGAACAGCCCAUCGCCCAAAUCUCCCUCAUGCUGCGCAUCCUCGCCACCUCUGCCCUCCCCUCCUCCAUCGGGCCCAUCGCUGCCUCCGCCUCGCAGUCCGACUCCCAGGCCACCCGCGAAGACGCCCUCAUCGGCCGCCUCACAAACCUCUUCACCGAAACCCCCACCGUCGAUCCGGACCCGCACCCACCGUCCCCCGCCGACACCCUCUCCCACACCGACACCCUCUCCCACACCGACACCCUCACCCUGCGCCUGCAAGUCACCUCCCUCCUGACCACCCUCGCCACCCACCCCUCGGGCACCGCCCGCCUGGCCCAAAACCCCAUCGCCACCGGCCGCCUCCUCAAAACCCUCGACCGUCUGCUCGCCUCGCUAUACUCAGCCCCGCUCUCGCCCGCCCACGCCGUGACCAUCGCCUCCAUCAACGCCACCAUGAAACUCGUCUUCCUGAUCGUAAACUCCUCCCCGGCCUUUGACCUCAAGGCGAAGCUGGCGAAUACGCUGGGCGGGCAGCACGCGUUUCUGGUCGGUUUGACGCGGUUGGCGUUUAGUGAGGGGCUGGUGCUGGAGAAGGGCGUUGAGGAGGGGGUCGUGGAUAUGGCGCAUUGGGUGCUGGAUGGGGGGUUGAGUUUGGAGGAGGGAGAGGCGUUUGGCGGGGUGUUUGGGGUGGGGAGUAGUGCCGCGUGAGGGUUUUUAUCUGGGUUGAGUUGGAUACCUUGGUGACGGUCUUGACUGUAAUGGUUUUAGGUCGAUGGGCGCUGUUGGAUAAAACCUCGGUCGUGCGCCUUUGGGACAGCGAUUGCAUGUAGUUUGGAGUAGCAGGAGUGGGGAUGAAUACAGAUUAAAGGAGAUCUACACUGCGAAGCAUCUGCACUGCACCCAAGCACGUCCUAUUAGCCAAUUGGCACUCCCGUAAGCUCCAGACCAUCACUAUAGGUAGCCAGUAAUGCGCAGAAACGCUACUAAACAGCUCCAUUCAGGCGUUACAGCCCAAGAGAAAGGCUUCGUAUGAGACCAUCCAUCGUGUUUGCCCGAUCUGCGUUUUGCCAAGCGGCUGAUCGUGGUGCGUCGGUGCAGUAUCCGUGCUGUAGUUACGUGAUCAGACGAUAUCGCCCGGCUG